AUAACAUAUAUAUAUGUACACACAUAUAUAUAUAUAGGUUAUACCGGUAUAAAGAGUAAAACGUUGUCACGUUUAAGAGUAUGUUUAUUAGAUGUAAAAGUGUUUAUUAAAGAUAAGUUGAAUUAGUGAAUUUAGAAAAUGUCAGAACGUAAUAGAAAAAAUUAUCCAGGAUUAUUGAUAGGACGAAUGUUCAUAGCUAUUACAUUGAACAUCACACUACAAAUCUUCCUUUUGUGCUUAUUGAUAUUAAUUACAAAUAUUAACACAAAUGUUAAAUUAUGGCUACAGAAUACUUGGGAGACUAUAAUUUCCUUAAAAUUACGAAUACAUUUUUUUGUAUUCGUAGCAUUUCUACAAGGAAUUAUUUAUUGCAAUAAUUAUUUACAUCGUCAGCCGUACUUAAAGAAUAGAUUCUUAAAAAUUCAACAUAUUUUCACCGGACAAAAUUUAUUAAGAGGAUUGCUCUGUAUCUUGAUGGGAUGUAAUUUAGUAUGGUUACAUUUGUCAUUGAAGAAAGGUAAUCAUAAUUUAUUGAUUGAUAAUUGUGAUACACUUUACGGAUCAUGCCUAAUAGAAGAACAUUAUUUUCUAUUACUUGGCGGAAUGUGGACUGGAUUUUAUUUCUUUCUAACUACGAGUUUAUCCAAUCAACGAUAUUUUCAAUUUUCUAUAAUACCAAUGACAAAAUUUUCCAAAUUUAGAAAAGGUAUUUAUUCCAUGCUAUCCACGAUAACGUCCAUUUCAUUGUGGCCUGUUAUCUAUUUUAUAAUUGGAUAUUAUUUAUUGGGAUCCUAUAUGCGUGACUUUAUACUGUCCAUUACGUCCGCACAAAUAGAAACAAAGCCAUUAGAUAAUUUUCCACAAUUGUUAAAUGUAUCCUUAACAAUGUAUUUGUGGCUAUAUCAAUCGACCUUGAUAUUUACAAGUAAUACUACGAUUUUAUUAUUAGAAGUAUUUCUAACAGAAUGGAUACCUUUAGAAAUUCAACCAAAUAAUAAUAUAUUUGAUAGUCACAUUUCAACGAUAACAUUGGCUGAUGUUUUAUCCAUGGAUAAUAUACCUAUGAUACAACAUUUGGGAUAUUUAGAUCUUGUUACUUUGGCCGAAAAGCAAGAAACAAGAAGAAGAAUAUUAUUUACAUUGAGUCAACCUGGUGGUCAUCCUUAUAAUUGGAAUUGUAUUAUUGAAAAGUCCCUGAACUUCAUAAACAAAUUUUCCGAUGAGCUUAAUGCAAUUACUUUAAAAGCGAAGGAACAACAAUUUGCAUCUUCUACCUCUACGAUUACAACUUCAAUUUCAUCGAAUUUGUCUGCAUUUAAAAGUGAAUAUACGUAUAAUAUGCGUAAAUUGGUAACAGACACAAUACCAUCUGCAAAUGAAAGCUGUGUCUCUAAAUCUCCUGAAAUUAAAUCUUUAACGUAUAAAUAUAUAAAAACCAAAUGGGACUUGAUGAUCUCUUAUUUUCUUUCAAAACCACUUAUUUAUUAUGUUUUUGGCGAACAAGAUGAGCUCAAGAUUGAAUACGCUUUAUUUAAUGCGCAAGCUGUAAUAUGGGCAGCAGAAGCUAUAUCAUCUUUGGCAAUUGUAUCUUUGAAGGAAGACUCUUAUGGAAUUGUACAAAAAGAUCUACCGGAUAUAUUUCAUGCACUGUUAGCAUUAAAGCUUACUUUAGAUAAAUUGUAUAAGUCUAAUAUAUUAAUGAAAAAAUCUCAGAAUAGCGAUAGAUGUAUCAAACAGAUGUUUAAUUCAUUAAGAAGUGCAAGUAAACGUAGUUUGUACAGAAUUACAACGGGUUUUGAAAAUUACAUUAAUGAUUUGAAACUUGAAUCUACAAUGAUAGAACAUUUACAACCUUUUCUUAAUUACAAAGAAUAAUAUAUAUAUAAUAUUUCUAUGAUCUUUUUAUUUUAUAGAACUGUAAU